AUGAGUAAUAGCAAUGCUAGUCUAACAUCUUCGGUUAUUGCUAGACACGUUGUUCAUAGCAUCGAAGACGAUCCUGGGUACAAAGUAAAGAACAUAGUCAGUGAUGUUAAAAAGGUGCUGAAGAUGGAUGUUUCUUAUAAAAAGGCUUGGUACGGCAGACACAAAGCUAUUGAACUUGUUUUUGGUUCUUGGAAAACAAAUUUUGCCGAACUACCAAAAUAUCUUGACGCGCUUGUGAAGUCAAAUCAGGGAACCGUUAUCAGGUGGUUACACCAUUCUGAUAGUACGGAUCACGUGAAGACAUUUAAGUAUGUGUUCUGGACCUUUGAACCGACUAUUGAUGCAUUUCACAUGUGUCGGCCGGUAAUAUGUGUUGACGGCACUCAUUUGCGUGGGGAAUAUAAGGGCAAACUACUUGUUGCCGUGACACAGGAUGCCAACAACCACAUUAUUCCAAUAGCUUAUGCCAUAGUCGACGAGGAGACCAUUUCUAGUUGGUCUUGGUUCAUGGAGCAACUUAGAUACCACGUCGCCCGCGAUCGGUAUCCCAUUUGUGUCAUUUCAGAUCGGCAUCCCGGUAUUAUUCAUGCUAUGGCACAUUUUGACUAUUGGCAAGAACCUUUGGCCUUUCAUAGGUUUUGCCUACGACACGUUAGGAGUAACCUAAUAACUCACUUCAAAUGUUUGAACCUUAGAAAGUUGUGUUGGGCAAUGGGAAGGGCCAGACAGUUGCGCAAGUGGAGGGCAUUCAAACGAGAAUUAAGGAGCACGUUUCCAGAUGCAUGGACCUAUUUGUCUAACAUUGAAAUCGAGAAGUGGUGUCUAACUCAUGACGGUGGCCAUCGUUGGGGUAUUCUCACAACUAACAUGUCCGAAAGUUACAAUAAUGUACUUAGAGAAGCACGUCACUUGCCUAUCCGGGCUUGUAUUGAUAUGACUUUUCAUCGGACAGUAGAGUUGUUCAGAACAAGAAGGGAGGACGCCAGACAUUGCCGUAAUCCAUUUCCUCCAAAGAUUUGGCGAAAGUUUAAGAAUUCGGAUCAGAAAGCGGGAAGCCACGGGGUUGUUGAGUUCGAUGGCUCUUCCGGGGUGUAA